CGAUGUCGGUCUAUCGAUAACUGAACAUACCUAGCACGACGGCAGCAACAAACCACGAAUUAAUUUUUACUAAAUUCAGGCUAAACGCAUCAAAAACGCCCGGAAACGCGAUUUAAUAGUCGGGAAACGUGGAAAUCAAAGAACGCGAGUGAACCUUUAAUAAGAUAUCGCCAAUUUGUCAACAAGAAAGAAGAGGAAAGGAGGAGAAAAAGAAAAAAGCAAUAAGUGCCGUGAGUGGGAAACGCGAAAAAGGCGAGAACAAAGAGGCGAAAAGCAAGAAAAUUGGGUGGAAAACGUGAAAAGCGUGGAUAAUGCGAAGGAUCGAAGCUCCGAGUUGGCCGCCUUCGAAUCGUGCGUAGGAUCAAUUAAAAUUCCGUGUGGCCGAGAAUCAAAUCAAAUUAAAAAUCAACUAAUAUUUUGAUAUUCAGAUAUUCAAAUGAAAUUCAUUCAUCGCCUGGGACUUUAUUCGGAUCUGCCAACUAUUUUCGAAUUUGAAUUGUGUCUGCGGCCAGCGCAGAAUCUGUGAUAAAGCAGAGGAGUACGGAGAAUACGAACAAAUCGGAAAAAGACUAAAAUGUGAGCAGAAAUAUUUACAUGCAAAAUGAAUGUUGAAUGCUGGGCGGCGAGAGAAGUUUUUGUUAUAAUGCAAAUGUGAAGUGGUGGAAGAAUUCCCGGCGCGAGUGAUAAAUAAUCCGACGACAAACAAAAGCAGAAGCCUACACAGCGAGAAAGAGCAGUGCAAACACAUUUAUCUUUAUUGAGAGCAACAAUAUCAAGAUCGAGAUAAUAAAGCAUCGUAAACCUUCGCAUGCCCGCGACUAAGUAGUUCAUUAUAAAGUCUCCCCCCAAAUAAUCAAAUGCAAAAAGUGCCUGCCGAGGAAAUACGACAAUACGAAGUCCAACAAAACAGAAAACCAACCAACCAACAGAUCACAAAUCGCUGCGGUAUAAUCUAUCAAUUUACGUGUUUUUUAUACGAAACAUCAAAUUAAAUAAUAAUAACAAGAAAGGCGAAGCCCCAGAAAUAUUCAUUUAAAUCGAACCCCUGGCCGCCGAUGUGCCCCAGUGUGUGUGCGUGUGUGUGCGCCGUGCGUGUGUGUGUCUGUGAAGUGGCGGUCGAGCAUCUUUCUGUGAUAUGAGUGCUAAAUAUCACAGGGCGAAGCAGCAGCAUUAUGCAUCCAGCGGGCGAAAAAAGGGGCGGUCGCCCCAAUGAUAAAUACACGGAGAAAGCCCUCGAGAGCAUCAAGCAGGACCUAAACCGAUUCACAGUACAAAAUAACAGUAGGAAUAAUCAGAAUUACACACCUCUGCGAUACACGGCGACCAAUGGACGCAGCGAUGCCCCCACUCCGGAUUACCACCAUGCAAAGCCUCCGAUGGAGCCGCCGCCCUCGGCGUCUCCUUCGCCGGACGUGGUCAUCCCUCCGCCCCCCGCCAUCGUAGGUCAACCCGGAUCCGGGUCCAUAUCCGUGCCCGGAGUGGGCGUGGGUGUGGGCGUUGGAGUGGGCGUGGGAGUGGGACGUGUGCCAAAGAUGAUAACGGCGCUGAUGCCGAACAAACUGAUGCGGAAGCCGAGCAUCGAGCGGGACACGGCGAGCAGUCACUACCUGCGCUGCAGUCCGGCCCUGGACUCCGGGGCCGGGAGCUCCCGCUCGGACAGCCCCCACUCCCAUCACACCCACCAGCCGAGUUCGAGGCCGGGCGGCAACCCCGGCGGAAACGGCGGCUUCUCCCCCUCCCCGAGCGGCUUUAGCGAGGUGGCGCCCCCCGCGCCACCGCCUCGCAACCCCACCGCCUCCAGCGCGGCCACGCCCCCGCCGCCCGUGCCGCCCACCAGCCAGGCGUACGUGAAGCGCCGCUCGCCGGCCCUGAACAGCCGCCCGCCGGCGAUAGCCCCGCCCACGCAGCGGGGCAACUCUCCCGUAAUAUCGCAGAACGGACUGAAGACGCAGCAGCAGCAGCUGACGCAGCAGCUCAAGUCCCUGAACCUGUACCCCGGCGGGGGCAGUGGGUCGGUGGUGGAGCCGCCGCCUCCCUACCUGAUUCCGUCGGCCGCCGGAGGAGCCCCGCCCCCGCCACCGCCCAGUUACACGGCCUCCAUGCAGUCGCGGCAGUCGCCCACGCAGUCGCAGCAGUCGGAAUACCGGAAGUCGCCCAGCAGCGGGAUCUACUCGGCCACCUCGGCGGGGUCGCCGAGUCCCAUCACCGUGUCCUUGCCCCCCGCGCCGCUGGCGAAGCCGCAGCCGCGGGUCUACCAGGCCAGGAGCCAGCAGCCCAUCAUCAUGCAGAGCGUGAAGAGCACGCAGGUGCAGAAGCCGGUGCUCCAGACCGCGGUGGCUCCCCAGUCGCCCUCGAGCGCCUCGGCCAGCAACUCGCCGGUCCACGUCCUGGCCGCCCCGCCCUCGUACCCCCAGAAGUCCGCGGCGGUGGUGCAGCAGCAGCAGCAGGCGGCGGCGCAGCAGCAGCAGCACCACCAGCACCAGCAGUCCAAGCCGCCGACGCCCACGACGCCGCCACUGGUGGGGCUGAACAGCAAGGCCACCUGCCUGGAGCCGCCCUCCUACGCCAAGAGCAUGCAGGCCAAGGCGGCCACGGUGGUGCAGCAGCAGCAGCAGCAACAACAGCAGCAGGUGCAGCAGCAGCAGGCGGCGGCGGCGGCGCAGCAGCAACAGCAGCAGCAGCAGCACCUCCAGCAGCAGCAGCAACUGCAGGCGUUGCGGGUGCUCCAGGCGCAGGCUCAGCGGGAAAGGGAGCAGCGGGAACGGGAGCAGCAGAAGCUGACCAACGGGAACCCCAGCAGACAACUGCCACCGCCACCGCCUUACCAGAGCAACAGCAACAACAACAGCAGCGGCAACAGCGAGGCGAAGUCGCCCGGCAGCUGCAACAACAACAACAUUCAGAUCAGCAACAGCAACCUGGCCACCACGCCGCCCAUACCGCCUGCCAAAUACAACAACAACAACGCCUCCAGCACGGGAGCGAACAGCUCCGGGGGCAGCAACGGGUCCACCAGCACGACGGCCUCCUCGUCGACCAGCUGCAAGAAGAUCAAGCACGCCUCGCCGAUCCCGGAGCGGAAGAAGAUCUCGCAGGAGAAGGAGGACGAGCGCAAGGAGUUCCGCAUCCGGCAGUACUCGCCGCAGGCCUUCAAGUUCUUCAUGGAGCAGCACAUCGAGAACGUGAUCAAGUCCUACCGCCAGCGCACCUACCGCAAGAACCAGCUGGAGAAGGAGAUGCUGAAGGUGGGCCUGCCCGACCAGACCCAGAUCGAGAUGCGCAAGAUGCUCAACCAGAAGGAGAGCAACUACAUCCGGCUGAAGCGCGCCAAGAUGGACAAGAGCAUGUUCAUCAAGCUGAAGCCCAUCGGGGUGGGCGCCUUCGGGGAGGUGACCCUCGUCCGGAAGAUCGACACCUCCAACCACCUGUACGCGAUGAAGACCCUGCGGAAGGCCGACGUCCUCAAGCGGAACCAGGUGGCGCACGUGAAGGCCGAGCGAGACAUCCUCGCGGAGGCGGACAACAACUGGGUGGUGAAGCUCUACUACAGCUUCCAGGACAAGGACAACCUGUACUUCGUGAUGGACUACAUACCGGGUGGCGAUCUGAUGUCGCUGCUCAUCAAACAGGGCAUCUUCGAGGAGGAACUGGCCAGGUUCUACAUUGCCGAGGUCACCUGCGCAGUGGACAGCGUCCACAAGAUGGGCUUCAUUCACAGAGACAUCAAGCCUGACAACAUACUCAUCGACAGAGACGGACACAUCAAACUCACCGAUUUCGGCCUGUGCACGGGCUUCCGAUGGACCCACAACUCGAAGUACUACCAGGAGAAUGGCAACCACUCGCGACAGGACUCGAUGGAGCCCUGGGAGGAAUACUCGGAGAACGGGCCCAGACCCACGGUUCUGGAGCGGCGGCGGAUGCGCGAUCACCAAAGAGUCCUGGCCCACUCCCUGGUGGGCACCCCGAACUACAUUGCGCCCGAGGUCCUGGAGCGGAGUGGCUACACGCAGCUGUGCGACUACUGGAGCGUCGGGGUCAUCCUCUACGAGAUGCUGGUGGGGCAGCCGCCCUUCCUCGCCAACAGUCCGCUGGAAACGCAGCAGAAGGUCAUCAACUGGGAGAAGACGCUGCACAUACCGCCGCAGGCGGAGUUAUCAAGGGAGGCCGCGGAUCUGAUAAGGAGGCUCUGCGCGGCGGCGGACAAGCGGCUGGGCAAGAGCGUGGACGAGGUGAAGGGCCACGACUUCUUCAAGGGCAUCGACUUCGCGGACAUGCGGAAGCAGAAGGCUCCGUACAUACCGGAGAUCAAGCACCCGACCGACACGUCCAACUUCGACCCCGUGGACCCGGACAAGCUGCGUUCGAACGACUCCAACAUGAGCAGCGGCGACGACAUCGACCUGAACGACCGGCCCUUCCACGGAUUCUUCGAAUUUACCUUCAGGAGAUUCUUCGACGACAAACAGCCGCCGGACAUGACGGACGACCAGGCGCCGGUUUACGUCUGAGGAGCAUCUGCGUAUCCGUAUCCGUAUCCGGCGAAACAUCCCACCCCCAAAACAUUGUAGUCAAAUAGUCACAAAGGGGAGAGAACGGUCAAGUGGGUCUUGUAAAGAGUGCGUGACUAUAGAAACUAUACAUACUAUAUACACUUUAGGAGAAAGUAGCGAAGGCAACUACACAUAAUAUACAAGUAUACAUAUACAAAUGCCCGCGGGCAUGAACUGAAUAAAUUUAAAGCGAAUCGGAUUAGAUGAAACAGAAGAGCGAGUCAGGGCCUUCCUCACCACUCCGAAGCAAACACUGUAACCAUAAAUAUUUAAAACGUUAGAAAACGAGGGGACCAACUGGAAAAUCGAACAUUUCUGGUGCUCAAAGCAGAACAAAAUGCAUUGAAAACGAGACGAGAACGCGAAUUUACCCAAGCCCUCUGCCUCUUCCACUUCCUCCUCCGAUCCACGGCCGGAUUCGAAUUCAGCAGGCUGGUUGAAUCCGCGCCAUGUCAGCACUUCCCACUCGGAACUCAGAUUCAGAUUGGGAGGUGCGCUGGGUCGGAGGAUCGGAGACCAAGAGUCGCACGGCAGCGAUAUAAGCGGGUCUUAUAAGCCUAAUCUAAAUCUAAUCUAGGAGAUCGGAAACCACUGUCUGUGUCUCUUCACCCAACCCAUCUGUUACUGCUCUUCGAGGUGUCCUUACCCAAAUGUGUGUCCACCCCAAAUAAGAACAAAUCCUAGGCAUAACCGAUGUAAAAGUAUAUAAAUGUUAGACCAACUUGUUGAACGCCAAAUCAAAUUGUUUAGCCCCACAGAAAAUGCGAGACACGGCAACUCCAUGGGUCAAUGUCUCAGGUGUCUGUUGAUAUUUCUGGACAGAUGAAAUCCCUCUUGAAAAUUGUGUUAUUCCGUGCGUCGAUCUGGCCUAUAAAUACUUUUCGAUAUACAUGAAUGUCCUUUUAUUUCUGAGAGCGAACGGAAAACACAAAAACUAUAGGAGCAGGAGCUGAGAAAAUUGUAAUCUUUUAAUGUAAUAUUGUAAAGAACGCGUUAAUUUUAAUUUAUGCUAAAGUUGUGUAGCGCCCUAAGAUGUUUUUUAGUUUAUAGACACCGCUAACCGUAAUCUAGUUUAAUUAAUAACAAAUAAGCAAAGUACAUACAUUUUUUUGUUUGUCGUAGGUUCGUUGGAAAUUGCUAAACAGGAAACAAUUUGUUUUUCUAUUUAAUUAGCUUCAGUUUGAAUGUGCGUGUGUUUUUAUUAUGAAUAUAUAUAUCUAUCUACAUAUAUAUAAAUUGAACUUAUUUUAAAUGUUAGAAGAGAUCGAGCUUAUUAAAGGGAAAUACAAACAAACUCUGUGUGCCUUGGCCAAUUAGUUUACUAAAGCAAAUUAAUAAAUGAAAAAGAAAAAUAA